UAUUUAUCACAAAAUCGUCUGUGCUUCCAACUUCAGAGGAUCAUGGCGGCUUUACGAAGAGUGACGAGUUCUCUCCUUGCACAGUCAAACCCUAGGUUCUCACCGUGUUCUUCCCUCAAGACUACCCCUUCACUUCUUAUUACUCGCAGAGGCAUAGCUUCCAAGCUUUACGUAGGCGGAUUGUCAUUUUCCACAACAGAAAAGGGUUUGUUGGAAACUUUUUCUCAAUAUGGUCAAGUUGUAGAAGCUGUAGUUGUGACAGAUAAAAUUACAGCCAGGUCGAAAGGUUUUGGCUUUGUUACCUUUGCAUCUGCAGAUGAAGCUGAGAAGGCCGUAACUGAAAUGGACGGAAAGCCCUUAAACGGCCGUGUUGUUGCUGUUGAUUACGCAAGACCCAUAACUUACUCAACCGGAGGAGUUCCGAUAGCUAGAGGCCCACCUGAGGGAAAACAGGUUGACAAUUCUAAUGAUUAUUUUAGCUUAUGAGAAAAAGAGGAGGCAACCCAGCAGAUUUUGUGUACGUCUUUAUAAAUAGCAUUUUGUUUUCAGAUUUGGAAUGAAGAAUGAUCUGUUUUUUGAAUUUUGAUUUUUUUUUCUGUAUAAACUUGGAGCUUGGUUUAUGUGA